GCAUUUGAUUAUAUAGAAACAAACAAAAGAAGAAAGAAGGUGUCUGCCCAUAACCGGUGAUAUGGAGGGGGAAAAAAUAGGCACGAUUCUGAUCACCAACGACGACGGUAUCGAUGCUCCUGGCUUACGAGCACUGGUUCAAUCGCUCGUUUCCACCGAUCUCUUCAACAUUCAAGUAUGCGCUCCCGAUAGCGAGAAAUCAGCUGUUAGUCAGAGCAUCACCUGGCUCCAACCAGUAGCCGUUAAGCAAGUGAACAUGGACGGAACCACCGCAUUUGCGGUUUCUGGGACGCCCGCUGAUUGUGCUUCUCUAGGGGUUUCCAAAGCUCUCUUUCCCACAGUACCUGAUUUGGUAGUCAGUGGCAUAAACAUGGGUAGCAACUGCGGUUAUCACAUUGUUUACUCGGGUACUGUAGCUGGAGCUCGAGAGGCCUUCUUCAAUGAUGUACCAUCCAUCUCCAUUUCAUAUAACUGGAUUAAAGGAAAGAGUAAUCUAAAUGACUUCACCCUUGCUGCACAAGUAUGCUUACCUAUCAUAAGUUCUGUACUGGUUGAGGCAAAGAAUCCCAGCUACCCUAGAAAAUGUUUUUUGAAUGUAGAUGUGCCAAACGAUGUUGCUAACCAUAAGGGUUACAAGCUAACUAAACAGGGUAAAAGUAUCAUCAAGAUGGGAUGGAGACAAGUCACCUCUGAGACAGAAGGACAAAAAAUGUCCUCUGAUAUGACUAAUACAGAUGCAGAAAUACCAAAGAAUUUUGACCCAUCAUCUAUAUCACCCGAGCAUCUUUUGUUUGCAAGAGAGGUGAGAGGUUCCGUAGUUGAUGACGAUGAUGAUACAGACUACAGACGUUUACUGGAAGGAUAUAUCACUGUUACUCCUCUUGCUGCUGUCUCUAAUGCGGAGGUAGAUUGUCAGGACUACUUUAAGAAUUGGUUACAAAGUGUCCCUGAACUCUCCUCUUCAUCAUGUUUAUAAUGGUGGCGUAACUUGUGAAUGCUUUUCAUUUGCUGAUUACUCUGGUACACUGGAAGUGUUCACCUCAACAUGUUGCUAAAUCAAUUUUUUGAUCCUGAGCAAUUUGGUUGCUUCGGUAUGCUUGUCAUUGGCCAAUAAAGACAUUUCAAUAGUGUUGUGUAAUUGAUGAGAGAUUCGUUUCUAUAAUCUACUAAGUAAUUACAAGUCGCUCAUUUUUAGACUAAUAUAAUGGCAAGUAUUCUUGUUCUGUC